AUGGAUCAUGUCACUUUCGACCCCGCGGACUGGUCGGAAAUACCCCUAGCGUUACAACAAUGUACCGUCCCCAGUCGUGGACCGUCACCCAUCAAUCGCCAUUUACUACCCCUCCAAAACCUCGCGGAGCGCCUCGGUGCAUCGGAAUACGCUAGACGGAACAUGGAGUACUUGGCCACAGGUUCCGGUGACCUUGCCAUUAUCCUGAUGGAGCCCAGCGACAAGGAGGAGGAUGUGCUAUACACCGAUUACGAUGACUAUUGUGAGACGAUUCGACUCCUGGACGACAGCCUUCGUUUCGCAUUCCAGAAUCAACGAGACGUCAAAAACACGGUUGUGUUGGACUCGCGGCCCCUUCGGAGCAAUAGAAUUCGUGAAGACGAGUUUGAAGAGCAUCAAAAAGUAAACGAUGCCGAGGCUUACCGGGCAGUCGAAGCGGCCUUGGAACUGUUGCGCCCAAAAGUCGUCGUGGUCUGCAACUGUAACCGCGACGGAAUCGAGGAUGGUAUGCCCGAGUAUUUGUGCUCGUCUGUGGCUACUGCCGGUCACCUCAACGUCCGCAAGUUACCAAAGGGUUAUCACUACAUCAGCGUCUCAAGUUUCCAUCCCAUGUACUUCGCUCGGACAGCAGAAGAAGAGAGCAUGGAGAAGGAAAUGCGCGAAUAUCUCUUCGAUGCUACCCUUCUGGUGGGCGCCAAUGCCUUGGUUGGCCGGUGGGUGUCAGGUUUCGGCAUCCGCAAUCUUCGAGCUUUUGCCAGACCUGAUCCCGAUGCAUGGCUGGUUUUAAGCGACGUUACUUCAGAGGAUAUCAUCAGUCUCCUAGACCAGUUGGAGAUCCCAAAGACAGAUGGCUCCAAAGAUUUAGGAAAUCGUGCCCAGCUAGUAUCGCCGCAGGAAGACGGCCCGCUCUACAAUCUUCUGGAAAGCUACCGAAGGAGGAAUGGGCCAUAG